AUGGCGACACUGGAUUCGCAUAGACUCGUGCUUGACAUUCGCUGGCACCGUGAUCAUCUUCUUCUUGAACCGGUUGCCCUGCAUGGGAAACGCGCAUAUCUGUGUGCGCUCGUUACGAAACUCCUCAACGGGAUGCCACUUCCACUGUUGGUCUUGCGCGAUCCUCGUGAACUCGUUCCGCACGUGAUGCUCCGCGUGUUCGGCAAUUGCGCCGACCGUUGUUUUGAAGUCCUUUUUGCACUCGGAACAGUGGAACACAUCAUGCGAUUUUUCAUCGAUGAAGGCGGCAUACUUAUGCAACAGGUCCUUGCGCUCCUUCUCUUCUUGGUUUCUCACCGCUCUGUCGAUCGAAACCCCUCGCAUUGCAAUUUCGUCGCCAUACCAGUUUGCGGAGAAAUCACGAGCGCCAUGGACUGCAUGCCAGUGCUGGAGAUAGUCGCCCCGAAAAGUGAUGUGGCAGAGCGGGCAUCGUCGAGUAUGGACAAGCGAAGAUGGACAACCUUCUUGUAG